UUCAUGGCGCUUCCUCCUCCUGUCCUUUAGUUACAUUGUAUCUCCCUUACUCAAAGGAGCGAGGGAUCUAAGACCCAACUGAAGGACAAAAUGAAUGAAUAUACGUGAAAAUGGACGCGCCGGGAUGUUGAAUUUAUUGUCGUGGAGUGUGAGAAAGACGCAUUUGAAGAAAGCUGUGAGAUUUGGACCCUGCGGUGCCAGUUUCAGACCAGUGUUUCCAUUUUUGAACGGGAUCUUUAGGAGUGUGAUGGCUGCAGUCCAGCGAAUUGCUGGCCUUGCCUUUCUAUAGUUGCUGGAUGUGUUGGGAAGUGCACUGUUUAGGGAUCAUUUUUGGAAUUCCGUGCGCAAAUCCAGAGGCCGUUCCACUCUACUCUAUGGAAUGUACAUAAGUGUUCACUGGAUAGGGGUUUGCGUGUGGGGGCAAAAUGUGGGCGACUGGGAAGUUGACAUCAAUACGUUGAGGCUGCUGUUGUCUUUUUCCACACCCCGGCAGUCUGAGAAAUCGGACGUUACUGUGACAAACCUGGGCCGCUGGCACUAAAAUGUCCCUAAGUAGUGGCACUGCAGGCGGGAAAGGUGUGGAUUCGAAUGCGGUGGACACUUACGACAGCGGUGAUGAGUGGGAUAUCGGGGUUGGAAAUUUGAUUAUCGACCUUGACGCUGACUUAGAAAAGGACAAACUUGAGAUGUCUGGCACCAAGGACGCAGGAGCCAUGGCAGCUCCACCCAGCGCUGUAGCGUCUUUGCCCGACAAUAUUAAGUUUGUUAGCCCAGUGAGCGCUCCUCAGGGCAAAGAGAGCAAAUCGAAAUCCAAACGCAACAAAAAUUCUAAAGACAAUAACAGCAAGUCUCCAGCCGGAGAUGGAGGGAAGAAGGACCACCAGGGUCGAACCCAAGGGGACGUUACCGGUGCGACAGGUGGUUCGGGAGGCAGCAGUAACCCCAUGCCUGGGAAAGGCGUUGAAAAGACUGCAAAGGCCUCCCGUGGUGUAUCGAACAACAAAAAGGAGAAGGAAGUAUCGAGUGGGAAAAACAAAAAGGAAAAGGUUGAAAGCGGACCGGUUGCGGUCAUUGCGAUCGAAAAGGAGAUCGUGACGAAUGUUCAGGCUUUCGGAAGCGUACGCAAUGCUACUUUUGACAAUGCGCAGAACGCGGACAUGAGUGGGACGGAGCAACUUGGGAAUAAUUCCCUGGAAUCUGUUGGAAUUGUUUCUCCGCUAGCUAUUAAAUCGGAACCCGAGGAGCUGGACGGUGCUGAAUGCAGAGCCUUGAAGAAGGUGAAAAACGAAAAGAUGGAGUCUCCAGUCUCCACUUCAGCUCCUCCACCUCUUCACCUUCUCGCCUCAAUGGGAAAUCCUGACAUCUCCUCACCCUGCGAGCAGCUGAUGGUGCGCACUCGCUCGGUGGCCGUCAACACAACCGAUGUGGCCCUGUCCACCGAGCCCGAAUGCCUGGGACCCUGCGAACCUGGCACCAGCGUCAACCUGGAGGGCAUCGUGUGGCAAGAAACCGAAGAUGGUAUGCUGGUGGUCAACGUUACUUGGCGUAACAAGACGUAUGUCGGAACCCUUUUGGAUUGUACUCGCCAUGACUGGGCUCCGCCAAGGUUCUGUGAGUCUCCUACAAGUGAUCUGGAGAUGAGAAAUGGGCGAGGUCGUGGAAAGAGAAUGCGACCCAAUAGCAACACCCCAGUCAACGAGAAUAGCAACUCGUCUGAUAACAAAGGCACCAACAGCAACAAAACCAGAGCAAGUUCCAACAGCAAGGGCAGGCGAGGCAGCCAGAACUCCUCUGAGCGUCGAACUCCGCCCAAUAGCAACACAGAGGACAUUAAAGCCAGUCCGUCCUCAGCCAAUAAGCGCAAGAUCAAACCCGCAUCAGACAUGGAGCCAAACUCAAGCUCAGAGGAUUCUAAAGGCAACAAGCGCAUGCGAACAAAUUCAAACGGUGGAAUGGUGCCCUCUACUCUCCCGAUUCCCAUCAUCAAAACGGAGUCCCUUCCUCCACCUCUGGACCGCAGCUGUCCCUCACCGGUAUUGAUUGACUGCCCACACCCCAAUUGCAACAAGAAGUACAAGCACAUCAAUGGUCUGAAGUACCACCAGGCCCGUGCUCAUAAUGAUGAUGAUAUUAAGCUGGAGAUGGAUGGGGAUAGCGAGUAUGGUGAAGAAUCCUCUCUCCACCCAGAACCAGGAAGUUGUAACGGAGCUUCGAUUACACAGAAAGGCUCACUAUCCCCAGCGCGCUCUGUCACACCUAAAGGAAGAGGGUUUGAUGCUCAGAGUCCAUCUCCUUCUCCUGGAAAAUUUGGCUCCAAGUCUAAGAAAAAGAAUGGAGAUGUUGAAGGUGAUGUUUGUGGCACACCUAUGGAAGUUUGUGAGGAUGGGCCUUGCCUCACUGCGGAUGAGGCUAGUAAUGAUGGCAUGGAGGACAGAAAGUCCAAAAAGCCAAGCAGUGGUGCCAAGUCUGACAAGCUGUCCCAGAAGAACAUGAAGCCUUCGCGACCCAUGCCUCCAGCUCUCACUUCUCAGCAGAUGUACUCUUUGCAGCCAACACCAUUCAGUGGUGGGAGCCCAAGCCAUGCCCCAGGGAUAGCCAACAUGUUGCAGGGUAUCCCCAAGAGUCCCCAGCUCAAAGGUAUGCAGCCUAAAUUGGGUGUAACUGGAGACUCGUCACCAAUCAAUCCAGCUUCAUGCAGCUCCAAGGACAAAAAGAAAAAGGACAAGAAAAAGAAAGAUAUAGGAAAAGAUGCCGACAGCCCCAAGAUCCCAGGGAAGAGUGGGAAGCCUGAAGGUGGCAAAAGUCCUUAUUCUGAAUCAUCUGACCCAGGAAGUAGAAGUGAAGGUCAUCUCAAUGGUUCUUCUGACCUGCAUCAAAGUCGUCUAGCAAGUAUGAAGGCAGAGGCAGAUAAGAUAUACAGCUUCACCGAUAACGCUCCCAGUCCAUCCAUCGGUGUUGCAAGUCGGGUGGAUAGCAGUGGACAACCUCUCACUCCACUUCAUGUUGUUACCCAGAACGGGGCAGAUAGCUCUUCAGUAAAGACAAACAGCCCUGCGUAUUCUGACAUCUCUGAUGCAGGAGAGGAUGGUGAAGGUAAAGUGGAAGGGGUCAAAGUCAAGGCAGAAGAUCAAUCGAUAAGGGACAGUGCGAAAAAGUCACUCUUUCCCUCGCAGGCGCCUAACAAAGAGUCCUCGUAUUAUGCUAGCUAUGAAAACUACUACUCUCCCAGUUACACCCACCCUAGCCCCGGUGGUACCACGGCUGGUGGACCACUACCGGAUGGGCAAGCUGUGAAACAACUGAAAAAGGAGAAUGAGCAAGAAUUGGUAGAGGAGAAGAGCAAGGUGGAGGUGCAGGAUGAGCGGAAAUCCGAGGUUCCCUCUAGUCAGCCACACCAACAACAGCAAGCUUCAGUCAUUCAGCAACGCUCCAAUAUGUACAUGCAGCCACUCUACUACAACCAAUACUAUGUCCCCCCAUAUGGAUACCAGGACCAGGUUUAUCACAACCACCUCAUGAACACUAACCCAACCUACAGGCAGCAAUACGAGGAGAGACAAAGACUCAUGGCCGAGCAACACAGGCCUCCUGAAAAGAAGCCUGAUUUAGGUGUAAAGGACAGGGAAGCCUCGCUUAAGGAGGACUGGAAACAGAAAGGUCCUGUUCCUCCAGGCCUGACGAAAGCCCCCAGCCUUUCAGAUCUGGGAAAGCCACAGGCCCCUGGCAAGCAGAGAGAUGCUUCAUCUGAACCUGCCAAGUCAGUCAUCAUUCCUAAAGCAGAGGAGGCCAAGCUACAGCCACAGCAGGCAGAGGGACUUAAAAUGAAGCUCAGUGAAGCCGGUCAUCAUGGAAAAGAUGACUCAAAGGCAGGUGUAGAGUCUGCCAGACUCGGUAUGGAGCAAGCCAUGUGGUACAGACAGUACCCUGAGAGUCAGAGACCACCAGAAGAGGAGCGAGACCGCGAGCGAGAGAGAAAAGUCAAAGAAGAGAGGACCAGGACGAAGGACAACAGCUCCAAAGAUGAGAAUAAAGAUGCAACUGAUGGUUCAUGUGCACCCGGCCAAGAGGAGCAGCAGCAUCGAAAUGUAGCGAAAGAUUCUCGACAUAACGCUCACAUACCUUUCAGUUCUCCUUUGGCACAGCACCAGCCCUACUUGCAUUAUAUGCAUGGAUAUCCUUUUGGACAGGGCUAUGACCCCAGUCAUCCUGGAUACAGGGGCAUGUCCUCGGUUAUGAUGCAGAACUACCCAGGGUCCUAUCUGCCAGCGGGAUACCCUUUCUCCCCUUACGGCAGUAAAAUGGGCAAUGAAGACGGAGAGAAAUCUCGCUCCAGUCCCACGGUCAGCAGCAAGUCUGCUUCGGAGUCCAAACCUCUGGACAUACUGCACCAACACGCACACCAGUACAAGAGCAAAUCCCCUACGGUUGCCGACAAGCCCUCCCAUGAAAGAGAGAGAGGAGCAGGGGAUCGUGAAAGAGAGAGAGAAGUAGAUCGACCUCGCUCGUCUCCCUCCCAACGCAUAAUGCCACCCCAUCACCACCUAGGUUAUCCUCUUGUAGCCGGACAGUAUGAUCUGUCCUAUGCCACAGGUCUUUCAUCGUCAGCGAUUGUUGCCAGUCAGCAAGCUUCAGCCCCUUCCCUGUACCCACCAGCACGGAGGUGAGAAUGGGAGACCUCAUUCUCUCACCCUUUACACAGAAUCAUGUGACUGGAUCACAUGGGAAGAAUAUGGAGUUCAUUUAGACAUCAGUUGAAUGGUGUUUCUAUAUUUUUAGUUUUUUUCUGCCAGGAAUGUGUGGCAGAUUGAUGUUUUUCCUAGUAUCCGUACCUCGUACCCCACUAAAGACUGUGAGACCAGGUUCAAAGCCAUCCCGCCCUGCUCGGAGCCCGGCUGGCCACUGAACACUACCUGUGAACUGUUGAGGAUCCAUUGAAAGACUGAAACUCACUGUGCAGGCCGUGGCCGGACGAGAGACUCGGACUGGAGGGGAAAUAAAAACACUAAGACUGAAAAUAGUUUUAUCACACUGAGAUAACUAAAAUCCUUUCCCUUGUUUAUUUUCUAUUUGCCUCCUCACUGAAAAAGUCAAUUGGUUUGACCCACGGUCGUUCUCUAGAUCCCACAACUGAAAACGGCAGAUAAUAUUUCGCAUUGUCUCAUAAUUCUUAUUCAAUGGUUCUCAUCGCCUCAAGACUGCUUUGUUAUUUUCACCAUUUUAAUUUUUAGUCACUACGGUUCAAUGCAAAGAAAACUGAAGGUCUUUUAACUGAAGGUCUUAAAUAUCCACAACCUAUACUGUACUAAUUUAUGAUUGAGACUAAUUCAUCCGUAUCAUCCUUCACUUCAUCAGGAGCUCAAGGGUUUAUGCAUAGCUGUCCUCACGCACGACUGAAUUCAGUGACGCAUUUCACUUUCAAAUCAGCCAUUAUUGUAUUUCUUUAGACCUCAUCACCAGUCAAAUUUAUCCUUCAACUUGAAUGCGAAUAUCCUCCUUUCUGUGACCGACUUUACGAUCUAUCGCUAAGGUUUUUCAAAUGGAUGUUUGUUUAUGUGACAUGGUAUUAUUUUAGAGGCGCUAUAGCACUACGCGGGGUGUACAAGUGAGGGUUCGUGACAACAACCGAGGCCCGGUAGUUUUGUACUAAAUGUCCUGAAGUUCUUGCAUGGGGCCGUUUUAUCCCUGAACACUUAAGUGUCGUGAUAACUCCAGCGUGUUUUAAGAAACCAAGUGAUGAGCCUUUGAACCGAACAUGUUUGCAUAGCCCGUCAUGCUCGCUGUGUUUCACGUGUCGUUUCGCAUUGUGUACUCUAGCGCUAGAGACGUGACUUUAUACGGUGUCUCCUCAGGCAAAGCAAACUUUGGUUUCGUACCAAGCGCGGUGGUGAUUCCCGGUCACACUGUAUAUGAUGUACAAGAGGGACUGUUUGGAAAUGCAAUCUCUGCUCUGUCUCCGUUUCGAUUUUCUCCCACUUUCUUGAACGCUUUACUAUUAAAUAGGUCCCAAAGGAGUCUCAGGAAUCAACCCUCAGGCUCUCAAUUGAUUUCAAGUGGUUUAACUGGGUAUUUGCUGAAUGUGGGUAGUUUUUUGGUUUAAGCAGACAGAUGUCGCGCAGAUGAACAGCAGGCAGGUGUUUGGAGGAUUCGUUGGCUCAUGCACGUGUGAAAAUUCAAAUAAAAGCCUCACAGUACACAAAGUACAUUUCAUUUAACAAUUUAAUAAUAUUCAUCGGGACACAUUCACAGUUUUCACCUUCGAGUACAAAUUGAACACAUUUCAUGUUUUUGGUCAUGCAAAUUGUCGGAUGUUCAAAUGGUGCUCAGGUGACAUGCUUUACGUCUGAGGAGCGUUGCACUGUUGCAUGCGUUGCGUCAUUUCUUGCGAUGCACUACCGCCUCUCUCUCUCUCUCUCUCUCUCUCUCUCUCUUUGCGUUUCAACACGUUUAUCUCGAGUAUCAGGCCCCGGUACUUACAGUAUGUUUACUUUUUAUGGCUUUGUUUGAAACGAUUCGUUGGCUUUAUCACCCGAUCCCUCCUGUUCUUUCUUAGACUGUUCUCUUAUGUAAAGUGUACAUUACCACGUUUCUUUUUUUAUACAAUACUGUAACUUGCCUUUGUACAUUUGGGCAAAAAAAUAAAUCUUUUUAUGAGACAAUCA